AUGGCCCAGGGUGUAGCUCUGGAAAUGCUGCUGUACAGCAGGAGCAGGCAGGGUGCAGCUGCCCUGUCCCCAAGCCAGAUGAGCAGAGCAGUUAACUUUGACCACUUUCAAAUAUUGCGGGCUAUUGGGAAAGGGAGUUUUGGAAAGGUGUGCAUUGUACAGAAGAGAGACACCAAGAAAAUGUAUGCCAUGAAAUAUAUGAAUAAACAGAAGUGCAUUGAGAGAGAUGAAGUUCGAAAUGUUUUUCGGGAGCUACAGAUAAUGCAAGGCCUGGAGCAUCCCUUCCUAGUCAAUCUAUGGUAUUCCUUUCAAGAUGAAGAAGACAUGUUCAUGGUGGUUGAUCUCUUACUCGGAGGCGAUCUACGUUACCAUUUGCAGCAGAACGUCCACUUUAAUGAAGGAACUGUUAAGCUGUACAUUUGUGAGCUGGCACUUUCCCUGGAUUAUUUGCAAAGAUACCACAUCAUUCACAGGGACAUCAAACCUGACAAUAUACUACUGGAUGAGCACGGACAUGUUCAUAUCACUGACUUUAACAUAGCAACCAUAGUGAAAGGCUCAGAAAAAGCUUCUUCUAUGGCUGGCACAAAACCUUAUAUGGCUCCAGAAGUGUUCCAGGCCUUUAUGGAUGGAGGUCCAGGAUACUCGUACCCUGUAGACUGGUGGUCACUAGGAAUUACAGCGUAUGAAUUAUUGAGGGGUUGGAGGCCCUAUGAAAUUCAUUCAGCCACCCCCAUUGAUGAGAUACUCAACAUGUUCAAGAUAGAAAGAGUUCACUACUCAUCUGCAUGGUGCAAAGGCAUGAUAGCACUACUGAAAAAGCUCCUCACUAAGGACCCAGAGUGCCGUCUUUCAAGCCUUGUAGACAUCCAAAGCUCUCCAUACCUAGCUGAUGUCAACUGGGAUGCUGUUCUAGAGAAAGCUGUGACUCCAGGCUUUGUUCCUAACAAAGGAAGGCUGAACUGUGAUCCUACAUUUGAACUUGAAGAAAUGAUUUUAGAGUCCAAGCCUCUCCAUAAAAAGAAAAAGCGACUUGCCAAAAAUAAAUCCAAAGAUGGAGCUAAGGAAACCUGCCCACUGAACGUACACCUGCAGCAGUGCUUGGAAACCGUUAGGAAAGAAUUCAUCAUAUUCAACCGAGAGAAAUUAAGAAGACAGCAGGAUCAAAGUGGACAGACUUCCAGCAUGGACAGCAGAGGAUCCCUUCAGAGCCAUGAGAAACUCCAAGACGGACGUAACAACAAUUUACUGGGACAUGGCUGCACAAGAGGCUGCAGCAGCUAG